UUAUCAACUUACAAUGUCUAGUGUGAAAAAACUUUUAAAAGAUGAAAAAAUUUCAUUUCCUUCAGGUAAAUGUAAAUUGUACAAUAACAAUUGUUGUAAAGAAAGAAGAACAGAACAAUUAGAUGAAUUAGAUUCUGGUCCAUUUAUUUUUAGAAAACAUCGAUUUAUAGUUGGCAGUUCAGAUAAGACUAUUGAUAAAAUUAAUAAUGCUAAACUUAAUAAUAUUAACAGAAAAACAAAAUUAUAUGAUAAAUCUAUAAGAACUGAAAAAUCAGAAACAACUAAAAAAUUAGUACGAGCAUUGACUAAACUUCGAUGA